CCUGUGUCAGUGUGGGUUUCCUCCAGGUGCUCCCACAUGUUCUCCCUGUGUCAGCGUGGGUUUCCUCCAGGUGCUCCCACAUGUUCUCCCUGUGUCAGUGUGGGUUUCCUCCAGGUGCUCCCACAUGUUCUCCCCGUGUCAGCGUGGGUUUCCUCCAGGUGCUCUGACAUGUUCUCCCUGUGUCAGUGUGGGUUUCCUCCAGGUGCUCUGACAUGUUCUCCCUGUGUCAGCGUGGGUUUCCUCCAGGUGCUCCCACAUGUUCUCCCUGUGUCAGCGUGGGUUUCCUCCAGGUGCUCCCACAUGUUCUCCCUGUGUCAGUGUGGGUUUCCUCCAGGUGCUCUGACAUGUUCUCCCUGUGUCAGCGUGGGUUUCCUCCAGGUGCUCCCACAUGUUCUCCCUGUGUCAGCGUGGGUUUCCUCCAGGUGCUCCCACAUGUUCUCCCUGUGUCAGUGUGGGUUUCCUCCAGGUGCUCCCACAUGUUCUCCCUGUGUCAGCGUGGGUUUCCUCCAGGUGCUCCGACAUGUUCUCCCUGUGUCAGCGUGGGUUUCCUCCAGGUGCUCUGACAUGUUCUCCCUGUGUCAGCGUGGGUUUCCUCCAGGUGCUCUGACAUGUUCUCCCCGUGUCAGCGUGGGUUUCCUCCAGGUGCUCCGACAUGUUCUCCCUGUGUCAGCGUGGGUUUCCUCCAGGUGCUCCGACAUGUUCUCCCUGUGUCAGCGUGGGUUUCCUCCAGGUGCUCCGACAUGUUCUCCCUGUGUCAGCGUGGGUUUCCUCCAGGUGCUCCGACAUGUUCUCCCCGUGUCAGCGUGGGUUUCCUCCAGGUGCUCUGACAUGUUCUCCCCGUGUCAGCGUGGGUUUCCUCCAGGUGCUCUGACAUGUUCUCCCCGUGUCAGCGUGGGUUUCCUCCAGGUGUUCUGACAUGUUCUCCCCGUGUCAGCGU